AUGGCGACAACACAACAGGAGCAAGCAACAGCUACAGUGCUCCAAGCUCUCCAAGCCUUGUAUCACGACCCAGACGCACAGGCAAAGAAGCGCGCAAACGAUUGGCUACAAGAAUUCCAGCACAACGUCGAGGCAUGGCAGACAUGCCACACACUCCUUAUCAACCCAGAGGCGCCCCUCGAAGGCCGCAUGUUCUCGGCGCAGACCUUGCGUGCAAAGAUACUCUAUGACCUCCCCCAACUCCCCAGAGAGUCUCUGCCUUCCCUCCGCGACUCGCUGCUGGGAGCAUUAAAUCCUUUGGUCCAACCCGACGCACCGUCGGGGUCACGCGCAGUUCUGACGCAGCUUGCCCUGGCACUGGCCGAUCUCGCGCUGCAGAUGCCAGAGUGGACCGAUGUGGUCCAGGACAUGAUUAAUCUGUACGGAAACGACCCAAACACCGUCAUGGUCCUGCUCCGCUUCCUCUCCUCACUGGCCGAAGAGUCUCUCAACCCCCGGUUGCCACAGCCAGAAGGGACCAACACUAUCGAUGCGCUCGUCACCGGUUCUGCAGAGCAGGUCAUCGGCAUUCUCUCCAUGUACAUUCAGGCGCCAGGGAUCACAUCACCUAUCCAGGUCGCCAUCUUUGAGACGAUGCGGGCGUGGCUGCGUGCUGGCGAGUUCCCCGUCGCAGCUGUCGCUCUCUCGCCCCUUUUCUCAGCCAUGUUCGACGCCCUCGGACCAGACGACCUGUUCGAUGCAGCUGUCGACGUCAUCUGUGACCUCGUUCACGAGACGCAGGAGGUUCAGGACAACCCAGACAUUGUUCAACAAAUCCUUCAUCGCAUCAUUGCCUUGCGUCCCAAGCUGGACGAGUACAAGGACGACCCGGACAGGAUACGUGGAUACUGUCGCCUGUUCUGCGAGACUGGGGAGUCGUAUCGCGACAUCAUCAGGAUCCACCCUCGAGAGGCGUUCCCCUUGGUCGAAGCCGUCUUGGCCUGCACAGCGUACCCCGACCUCGACAUUGUCCCCAUCACCUUCCAGUUCUGGUGGAUACUGGCCGGAAUCGUCAACAGAGGGACGGACGUUGCUCGCGACGAGGCCUUUGCUCCCUACUUUGAUGUCUACGCCAACCUCCAGUCCACCAUCAUCGGCCACCUCCACUUCCCUGCCGAUGACGAGAACCAGACACCACAGGAGCGCGACGAAUUCCGGACGUUCCGUCACCGCAUGGGCGAUACGCUCAAGGACUGCUGCCAGGUCCUCGGCGCGCCGGCUUGCCUGCGCAAGUCGUACGAGAUGGUUGUGGCGGCCAUGUCCAAGCCCAAUCCAUCGUGGCAGGAGAUUGAGGCACCACUCUUCUCGAUGCGGUCGAUGGGCGCCGAGGUUGACCCGGACGACGACGAGGUCAUGCCGCACAUUAUGGAAAUUCUCCCCCGACUUCCCGACCACCCUCGGAUCCGUUACGCCGCCAUUCUCGUCAUCUCGCGGUAUACGCAGUGGAUUGACCGUCACCCCCAGAACCUCUCGUUCCAGCUGCAGUACAUCUCAGCCGGCUUCGACAUGAAGGAUGACGAGGUGUCGGCUGCAGCGGCGCAGGCCAUGAAGUUCAUGUGCCAGGACUGCCAGAGGCAUCUGGUCCCCUUCCUUCCCCAGCUGUAUGAGUUCGUCACGACAGUGGGCCAGCAGCUGGAGCAGACAGACAUGGUUGAGGUUUGCGAGGCCAUUGGCUUUGUAAUUUCGUCCCAGCCCUCGGACGACGCUGCUGCGGCCCUGCAACAGUUCUGUGCACCCUUGAUCAAGCGCGUCGAGCUUGUGGCCAACGCCCCUGCGGAAGCCCAGAAGAUGGACCUGCAAAACGUCGCUGAUGCGCUCGAGCAGAUUGACUCGUACCUCACGGUGGUACGCACCCUCGACCCAGUCCCCAAGUCGUGCUAUCCAACUGCCGCGUCCAUCUACCAGAUCCUCGACAAGCUCCUGGAGAGAUACGCCAAGCUCUACUUUAUUUCCGAGCGUGUUGGGUCUAUUCUCCGCCGCGGCCUGACAUUCUUCCCCGAGGCCGCACUCGAGCCGGUGGUCCAGCCCGUGCUGGCGCGAUUGACGGCCUCGUUUGCGCAGACUGGCUACUCGUCGUACCUUUGGAUAACCGGCAAGAUUGCGAGCAAGUUUGCGAGCACAGCCAAGCAGCCUGGCCACGAGGGUUUGGCGCAGCUGCUUGUGGGCGCAUUCCAGACGGUCACUGACUCGUUGGGCAAGCUCUUGGCAUUGAAGGAUGCGCGGGAGAUUGCAGAUGUCAUGGACGACUAUGUGCACUGCUUUAUGGCGUACAUUGACGACCUGCCGCAACAGACACUCGCCUCUCCUGCGCUCCCGCAGGCCGUGUCGCACACUCUUGCCGCCAUCAUGUGCCCCGCGCCACAGACCAUUCUCGUGUGUCUCGACACGUUGCACAUGCUCGCCAAGCGCUUGACGGAUGGCCAGAACCAGGCGCAGCUGCAGCCCAUUUUUGCGCAGUUUGCCAAGCCGCUCCUUUUGUUGGUACUGCAAGGGAUCGUGCAGGGGUACCCCGAGGAAGGGUUUGAGCAGACGCCGCUCAUCAUCCAGGCGACUGUUUCAUCUGUGCCGGCGGCUGAAGCAGAGAGCUAUGCGACCGAGGCGCUCUCGGAGAUUCCUGGGCACGUGCUGCCUGCGGCGGACAAGACCAAGUUUAUCCAGGCGCUGCACGACUACCAGGCUGCGCCGGCCAAGGACAAGAUGAAGGCGGCUCUUCUGGGGCUUGUGCGAUCUGCGGGACGUGCGCGCGAUCGUGGACGACAGAACCGCAAGAGCCUGGGUUUGUAG